GUUACGGCUGAGAGCGCAUCCGACGCUUUAUACGACACACGGACUUUGAGAGGGCUAAUGCAUAGAAUCGCCGUAAAAUAUGACUACGUGCCAGGCCGACUUAAAGCUGGAUUUUGCCGCCAUACAAAGCAAAAAUGAUUUGACAUGCGCAAACGAGGCGCCGCUUAAAGCCUCGCCACAGUGUCCAACCCAACCGUUGCGCACAAAUCAACUUAAUUUGACGUUCGCCGACCUCAACUACCGUGUUCGCAAUGGAUUCUUUUCUAAAGAAAAGAAAAAUGUAUUGUCGAAUGUUAGCGGCGAUUUUCGACCUGGUGAACUCACUGCAAUUAUGGGCCCAUCCGGAGCCGGGAAAUCUACGUUAAUGGAUAUUUUGGCUGGUUUCACCACUUCCAACGUCACGGGCAGUAUCCUAGUCAAUGGCCAAACGCGAGAUCUUACGGCGUUUCGUCGCACAUCAGCCUAUAUCAUGCAGGACGACAAUUUGCAAUCGCUCCUCACUGUCCAGGAGAUCAUGAGCGUAGCUGCCAACCUUAAGCUCGACACAUCGCACAGCGCUAAACAAGAAGGCGUAGAUGUGAUUUUAAGAGAGAUGGGCCUGGACGCCUCCCGGAAGACGCGAACUGGAAAUUUGAGCGGUGGUCAAAAGAAGCGGCUGGCCAUAGCUUUAGAAUUGAUUAGCAAUCCUCCAAUUAUGUUCUUCGACGAGCCGACGAGUGGCUUGGACAGCGUGACCUCGAGGCAGUGCGUCGGGCUGCUAAAGUCGCUGGCCCGCGAAGGUCGAACGGUAGUGUGCACGAUCCACCAGCCGAGUGCCAUCCUCUUCGACAUGAUCGAUCAUCUGUAUGUGGUAGCUGAGGGCCAGUGCGCGUACGCAGGCGGAGCCCAAAACCUGCUCGGCUUCCUCCAGAAACUCGACCUUCACUGUCCAACCUACCACAACCCGGCCGACUUUCUGCUGGAGAUUAUAAACGGCGACUACGGGGAUCACCUACCGAGGCUCAUCGCCUCAUCGGGCAAUGGUUGCAGCCAGCUGUGGCGGGGCCACGGCGGCUCCCACGAUCGCAGAGCCAAGCUUCCGCGAAUGGCCUCCUCGGCCCCCGAGCUCGCGCCCAAGAUCCCACUCCCGACGACGCCCGUCUUUUACGAGAGCCAGGCCAAGGGCUCGGCCUAUUAUGCCACCAACUCCUGGAGCCAGCUGCGCAUUCUCCUUUGGCGUAACGCUCUCAGGCUCUCCAGGGACAGGGUGCUGACUUUUACACGUUUGACGAUGCACUUUAUCAUUGCACUUCUCGUUGGCACCAUAUUUUAUAAAAUUGGACAAGACGCGGCCUACGCCAUAGACAACUUCAAUCUACUCUUUUUCAGUAUGAUGUUUCUUAUGUUUAGUGUUUUCAACGCCACGCUCAUUACAAUUCCAGCCGAGCUGCCGAUUCUCAUCCGCGAGCACUUCAAUCGCUGGUACAAGCUGCGCUCGUUCUACAUGGCGAACAAACUCGCUGAUCUGCCGGUGCAGGUGGCCGCGACCUCGACCUACGCCCUCGUCGUCUACCAGAUGAGCGGACAGAUCCCGGAGUUGAACAGGCUCGGGCUGUUCGUGAUGAUGUGCGUCCUCGUGAGUCUCGUCGCUCAGACAAUCGGCAUGAUACUCGGCACCAGUCUCAACGUGCAGAACGGCGUUAUUUUUGGACCAUUUGCCAUUUUACCGUUCAUGAUGUUCAGCGGAUUCUUUGUGCAUCUCAAUGACGCCCAUCCCUACUUGCAAUGGCUCUUUCACAUGUCUUUCCUCAAGUAUGGAUUCGAAGGCGUUAUGGUGGCCAUUUAUGGGUACGACAGACCAAACAUGAAAUGCUCCAAAGAUUACUGCCACUACAUCUCGCCAAAGAAGCUCUUAAAGACAGUUGACAUGAAAAACUCGGAAUACUGGUUUUCAACGCUCGUCUUACUAGGACUUUACAUUGCAUUGGAUUUGACGGCAUAUUUUUUAUUGCGUUUGAAAUUGAAGCAACGACUUUACCGAUAACACUAAAAAUAUCUAAAUAGAAAAAUGGAGA